AUGGAAGUGGGCUCGCACGCGCCCGCCAAGGAGGGGUGGGGUGGGUACGUGGGUGUCAGAGCGGCGGAGGAGGGAGGCGCCAUCAGAGAGAGCAGGCUGUCAGAGCAAGAAAGUGGCUUUAAUACGGCCAAAAGCAAAGGAAUCCGCCUGUCAGGCCCGCUCAGCCCGACCCGGCAACAGAAAGACGAGCCCAGCCAGGGUACAUGUGAAAACAACAGUAGUGAGGAGGAGGAGCAGCAGGUACCAGCCAGAGAGGAGCAUGAUGGGAAAUAG